AUGACUGGUCGAAGAAAUGUUCGAAAACGAUUUUCGACGGAUGUUAGCUCGACGGGAUUCGGUCCUACGCUAUUUCGAACUCAAACUUUUUAUCAGAAUAUUGCGACGCCGAGUUUUGCGAUUUAUGCGAGUGAUAGGAGGAAAAGUGAGUUUGAGUUGGUUGAAAACCUGAAGUGAAGGUCUGAAAAUUUUGGAACCACAAAACAGCUUGGCUAGGAUUGUGAUUCGCAGGAGCCAAUUUUUUGGGGGGUCAAAAUUGGUCUAGACACUUCUAGUCCCGAAAUGUUCCAGGAAAUCUCGAAAGCUUUUCGUCUCCUGAUUUUUUCCCAACAUUCUUGGCUGAAAAUUUCUUUGAAGCACCUGAACUUUUUUCCUUUGAAAACUAUUUCGACACUUUUGGGUUAUGAAACUCUAGGGUUAUGACUGUAUGCUCUCGCUUUCCGUUUUUUUUCUUCAAAAAAGGGUGUUUGAUAUGAUUCAAGUACCUCCUGUGUUUUGUUUGUUUACAGAUAUUUGAUUUGAAAAGUGACUAAUUCGCUUUUUGUUCUUCUUCCUUCUUCUUAACAUUCUUCUGUCCCCUGAGAAACCACCAAAUUUGAUAUUAUUUAAUUUCCUCUGCACUAUUUUUCUCUCUCUCUUUCAAUUUCCUAGAAAAAACCUUGUUUAUGCUUUUUUUACUCUCAUCUAAAUAGAAUACAAAUUAAUACCACCACGCACAUUGAUUUUGUGUGUUUUUUCAUCUUCCGCCAAAAUUUCCCCGACUGCUGUCAUAAUAAUAUCCACAAAAAAUGUGCCGACUGACCCAUUAAUAUUUUUCUCGCUCGCCGGGAGCUUUUUUGUGUUGUUGCUGUUGUUUCGGGGCUCAUUUGUGCUCACCUCAUAACUUUUGAACCAAUGUGUUUUUUCCUCCGCUCUUUUUGUUGUGUUCGGGGUUUUUCGUAUUCUCAAAAGAUUUUGAACAAAAAUUCGAAAUUUUUGGUUUUUUUUUUAAAUUUUCUUCCAACCUAGCUUCAUACUCAAUGUUCAUCGUCACAAGACCUGAUUAGUAAAUGUGCUGUACCCUUUAAGUAAAAAUAUAUUUUUGAAUUGGUUUCGGCGCGAUUGAUACUGUAGCCUGAAGGCGCAUAAAUUUUUUAACGCUGGGGGAGGGGGUACAAAAUUUAUGACAAAUUCCCCUCGGGGGAAUCCCCCGGAGCAAAAAUCAGUGAUCCUUCAAGCUACAGUAUCAAUCGCGCCGAGACCAAUUCCGAAAUAAAGUCGAAUUUAAAGGCGCAGCAAAUUUACUGGUAUGGUCUCGUGACGAUGUAUGAAAUUGUACGUGAAAUUUUGGUACCACGUCUAUGUAUUCGGCUCCUUGGGCCCGGGCUUCGUCUAGAUCCUAUUUUCAAAAAAAUCUGGAAUUCCAGAAUCUGACUUAUUUGCAUAGAUAAAGCUAUCUCCCCCUUGCCCAUAAUUGUUUUUCAUUAUAAUUUGAUACGUUGAACAAGCCAAUUAGUGCAUUAGCAGUAAAUAAAUUGUUUUCGUAUUCAGAGGAACUUGAGAGGAGAUUGGAAUUCGCCUUGUAUUUUUUCAUUUCUCUCAAAAUACUUUUUUUUAUUCAAACCAAAGUUCCUCCAUCAAUUUUUUGAUCCAAAAAUACUUACACAUGAUCAGAUUAGGGCAGAAAUAUGGAAAUUUCUUUCAUUCUUUUUUUUUGACAAAAAAUAACAAACACACUGAAAAACAUAAUAAAUAGACUAAAAUAAACACUUUUGGCUGUUUUUUCCUUUACGAUUUUUUUUCUUCUAGACUAUUAGAUAGUAGUUUUAUGACCCUUUUCUCAUUUCAAAAAUGAUUUUUUUUGUUUCCUCAACUCUUUCGGAUGUUCGUGCUUUUUCCAACAAAAAUCUAAUAAUCGUUGUUUUCGUCCAUUUUUUCUGUUAAAGUACAGCCAAAAGAAGCCUCUAUAUAUUUUGUUUUUCUUUUUUUUUGCUUAAAACUUUGUCAUACAUUUUUGAGUUUGCGAAAGUGUGAAAAUAUCUGAUCUGCUCUUCUCGUGUCUUUUUGUUUUUGUUUUUAUCACCCCGUGGGUCGAGAGAAUGACCUUUUUCAAGAGGAUUGGCGGCUAAUUUUAGAUUUUUUUUUCUGUUUUCUCGAAAAAAUAUCCUGGAAAAUUUGGCCUACCAAAAAAAUUUUGUUCAGUAAUUUUUGGUAUACCACUUUUACGAAUAUAUCCAAAAAUUCAGUAGUAAGGAUUUUUUCUCGAAGCAUAGUUUUUUCGUGACACUUUCGGACUUUUGAGGUAAAAAUCCUCAAAUCUCUACUGUAGGCCUUGGUUUUCUAGGCCAUUUCGGUUCUCUUCCAAGGUUCUUAUUUUUCGGUAUAACCCUCCCCCUUUGAAAAUUUGUAUUUCGAAUUAUCUACGUCACAGGAAUAUAUUAUACUUCAUGAAUGAAUGAACUAUCUAAAAGGGGUUCAAAAUUUCUACCGGACAAAAAAAUUAACAUAGAAAUUGUGUUCUUCAUUUCGUCAUUUUUUGUCUCUACUCGUGAUUUUGAUCUUUUUGUUUUGUUCGAAUUGUUUUCAUUUUCUUCGCUCUCAUAUUUCGACUUGUUACAGUCAGUCGUCCUGAAAUUGGUCACAUAGAAUGACUGUUGUCCCUCGUUGACAAUACGAAAUAGAAAAAACAAUAAUUGUUUGUUAUUCUCUUGAAAAACUAAAAAGCGAGAGAAGAAAGAAGGAAGGCGAUUAUCAUGGGGUUGAACGAAAAAUGGACAAAAAUACUGGAGAGAAGACGACAAAGUUGUGCGGUUGUUGUAGCAUCGACACAGAAUGCAAAUUCGAUGAUUGUUGGAGGUGGAGUGAGGGAAAUUGGAGGCGGAGGAGGAUCGUGUGCAACACUGUCUGUUGUAUCAUCAUCUAGUUCCUCAACAAAUACUCAUCGAAGAGUUUCGUUUCCGAGUUUUUCAACAAUGCCGAUUGGAUCGUCUGCUGAUGAUGUGUCGAUUUCACCAACUAGACCGAAAUCAUCGGAUAUAUCGAGUUGGUUUACCAAAAAGAUCAAUGAGAUUAUUGCGACUGGUGAGAAUAUGAAAGUGACGUCGAUUCUAACAAGAACGCUAUCGAAAGCAACUGCAAGACGUAAACGUAGAAGUACAACACAAUCCACAAAUUCAUUUCCGAUUAUUGUCAUUGAGAAACCGCGAUUCUAUUCGGAAUCGAAUUUAUCGACAACAUCAAGUUCACUUGAUACCGCAUAUCAUCAAGAAUGUCGAAUGAUAAUUGAUAAAUAUGGAUUAUUUGUGGAUAUAACGGAUGAAGAAGUGUUGCAAAGAAUUGUUGAAGGUGUACAACAACAGGAUGAAUUUGGGGUUUUGCCGCAAAGUUUGAUUUGGGGUCCAAUUGAUUUUAUCGAUUCGGAAGGGACAGGUAUCAUUGUUGGAAUGCACGGGGACAUUCUGAAUUCGUUUUUGUUUAAAAAAUUUUAUUUUCAAACUUGGGAUCGGCGUUUUGAAGUCUAAAAUUUAUUUUUCGAAUCAUAAAACACACUUGGAAACAAAAACCAUGAAAAAUUCGAAAUUUUCGACCCAAAAUCAUCUAUAAAUCCUUCCAAAACAGGUUCUGAAACUUAUCGGCUUUCAGAAUUCGCGUAAAUAAUUUUCCCCACAAAUUUUUAUAGCCAAAAUUUCCUCCGUGUAUUUUUAACAAAAAAAAACACUAUAGCCUAUGUCAGUUCAAAAAAUUUGUAUAAAAUAUGCAAAUCUGUGAACUUUGAAUUAUAGAUCAAUAUUUUUUUGUUGAAACUAUCAGUGAACUAAAAAGUUUCGAUUCCACCGACAAAAAAAAGAAAAGGGAAUGAUAGAAAAUCAAUAACAAACCCAAUAGUUUAACAUUUUUUUCAGGUCUUCCUGAUCACAUUUCUCGAAUGGUAUCACCGAAUGAAGAUCCGGCAUUUGUUGAUAUUCCGAGUAGUAGUUCAGUGCAAUCGCAAUUGUGAGUUUAUUUUUGAAAUUUCGAAAAAUUUGAUCCUAAAAAGAUAUUUUUAGGGAUCGCCUGUGGGGAAAGUAUGAUCUUUUCGCAAAAGAGGAAUAUCAAUCUUGGCAUGAAAAAUAUCGACAUAAUACGUUGAGUCAGAAACAGGUCAAAAAACAGGAUGCGAUUUAUGGUUGGUUUUUAAAUCGAGCGCUCCUGGCGCGAAUGUAGACCGCAAGCUUCCGCGUAGCGGCACAAUCUUCCGCGAAGCGGCUAGGUCUAGGUAUCAUUCUCAGGCAGGGGCUGCCUUUCGAGCGCCCCAAGCGCGAGUGUAAACCGCAAGUUUCCGCAACUUGCUUUACUUUAAUAUUUUUGUGGUCCCACCCUUCCUUAAAGUAAAAUCCCACCCAAAAUUCCAAAAUUUCAGAGCUCUAUUUGAUGGAAAAACGACAUUGUGCAAAUAUCGCAUUUUUGUUGCAAGGAUAUCGAAGAAGAAUGCUUGAAGAUAAUAUUGUUUCGAAACAUGAUAUGGAUAUUUUGAUCCCGGAUGUUUUAGAUUCUCUCCUCAUCUUCCAUUUAAAUGUUCUUGAAAAAAUUACUGAAAGAAUAUCGCAAAAUCAUGAGGUUUCAACGAUUUCCGAUAUAAUUCACGAACAUUUGAAUAUUGAAGGAGGACCGCAUACUGAAUUGUGUUGCAAAGCUUAUACUGAUUUUGGAUUGGCGAAGGAGAAAUCGGAUGUUUUGUAUUAUCAUUUGAUGAGUAAGACCAACAAAUUCUCGGAGUUUUUUAAACGGAUUUAUGUGGAAGAGCCGAUUUAUAAACAAUAUGAUUUUCGACCGCUGAUCACUAAAAUCAUCGGAAGAGCUACCAAAUAUUCGCUACUUCUUGAGACGAUUUUGAAAAAUGAGACACCAUUUAGUCAUGAAUUUGAUAUGACAACGAAAGCGUUGGAGACGGCGAGAAAGUUUGCGCAUAAAAUUGAUGAGAAUUUGUCGAUUGCGCAUAUGUCGAGAAAAUGGGAUGAGAUUAAGGCGAUGAUUGAGCCAUCGACGACGACUGGAUUGUUUGUGGCUGAUCCGGUUAUGCAACAGGAAUUGAUUCGACAUCAUUUUGAUGUGAGUUUGGACGGGGUGUUAAAAUUAAAAAAAAAACAUUUUAUUUCUUGCAAUUGUCAAAAAACUAUAUUUUUCCUAUUGUUUUCAAUUUUAACAAUUCAUUUUAUGGGGGAAAAAAAAGUUUUUUGACAAAAAAUUAUUUUACCCCUACUUUUGUGUAUUUUGCAUUAGUAUUGCUCAUAUUAAAAAUUCAAAAGUAAUUGUUUAACCUGAGUAAUGCCACAAUUUUACAGUACUUGGAUUUUUUCGUUUCCAAGCCCAGAAUUUUUAAGAAUACUUUUUAACCUGAGCAAUGCUACAAUUUUUCUAUAUUUUGCAUUUUUUCCACUUAAAAAUGUAAUAUCUUCUAAAAAAUUUCACCCCCUCCCCCCAGAUCCCCCUCUACAAAUACAUGUUCUUCCAGCUUGAAUCUCUGAACUCAAAUCCUGAUCGAAAACUGGUUCAUAUUGGAGAAGCCUACAUCAAAGUGGCGAAUGCUCCAACUGGCGGCGGAUAUUCAACAUCGUCCUCCAACUCUGGAAAAUCUGAAAAGAAUCCCGGAUAUCUUGUGCUCUUCGACGACAUCAUUGUUUUGUUGCAGAAAAAGGGAACUCGCUUCCAUUUUAUGCAAGAUCAAGGAGCGAUUCCUGUCAAAACUCUAUUGACUCGAACAUCGGCGCGUGGGCAAUCGAUUAUGUUGAUUUCGGGAGGAAAACCGAUUCUUUUUGAAAUAUCGUUCAACACAUCGGCUGAUCGUAAGAAAUGGGUUUCGUAUUUGGAAGCGGCGCCGAAGAAUGUGCCGAUUGAAGGGGUUCGAUUGUCGCAGAGUAAUGAAGAGGAAAUGUUGAGGAAGAGAGCGAUUCGACAAGAGGAAAUGGAAAAUCAAUGGCUUGAUAGGUUGAAUGCUAUUUAUCGUGAGUUUUUUUUUGUUGUUUUGGACAAUUUUAUGAGGUCAAAAUAUUUUUUUUUGAUCUUGGGCCGCUCAAAAAUCAAAAAUUCACCCCUUGCUCAUAUUAAAAGUUAAAAAAUAAUUAUUUAACAUGAGCAAUACUCCAAAACUUUUGAGAAAAUCAAAAAUUAACAUAACCUGAGCAAUCUUUUUUGAAUUAGUAUUGCUCAUAUUAAACUUCAAAACUUUUAAGAAAAUCAAAGAUUUGGUUUAACAUGAGCAAUACCUUCGUUUCCAGCCCAUAAUGUUUUUUGAUUACUUGACCUGAGCAAUGCCACAUUUUUUCUUUUUUUUUGCAAACGGAAAUUUUUCCUAACAUGAGCGAUGUGUAUUGAUUUAGUAUUGCUCAUAUUAAAGUCCAAAAUUUUUGAGAAAACGAAAAAUUUGGUUUAACAUGAGCAAUACUUUUUUAAUUAAAUGAAAAAAAUUGGAAAAAUAUGGUAAUUGAAUUUUUUUGUCAAAAAACUGUAAGUUUUUGAACCCCCUUUAUAUAUAAUUUUCCAGAAACUCGAUUUUCCGAAGAAGACAAACUCAGCCGAUAUCUCGAAUCUCGCCUCGAAUUCUUCGAUCUUGUUCGUGCUCAUAUGUCGAAUAUGCCAUUCAAAUCUCGUCAUGAUAUUUCGGAUCGAAUUCGAGAAGCUGUACGUGGAAAUUUCAAAGAACUCAAAAGAUCUCGAACAAUUCCAUUGAAUCGAUGUAAGACCCCUUUUUUUCAGAAUUUGUUUCAUUAAAUUUUAAUAUUUUCAGUGGUUGAUAUGAUGUCUGAUUCAAGAGACUCGGAUUUGUACUCGUUUUUCGAUGAAAAAGCGGAUUCGGCUGAUUUUGCUGACAAAUCGACGGAUUUGUCGGAUUCUGGAGAUUCGAGUUCGGGCGGAGAAUCGUCGUCGACGGGAAGAACGAAGCCGAGACGAAUUCAGACAUUCCACGGAACAUCGCAACCUGGAGCACCAAGUUCAUCAAGUGCUAUUGAUAGUGAGUUUUUGGUUCCCAAAAUAUCUAGAUCCCAAAAGUUUUGGGGUCUAGAUUGGAACUGAAAUUGAUCAGGAAAAAAAUAACUGAAAAUUUUUUUACCCAAAUUUUUGGUCAGUUCCAAUUUUUGUUCCAGAAAAAAAAAUUAGUUCUUAAACUCUACAAUCUGGAGGAUUUUUCAAUUUUAUCUCGAAAAUUACAGAAUUUUUUGAGUAUAAAAAAGCACUGGGAAUCGUUUUCUGUACAAAAAUUGAUUUGCAAUUUCAAAGAAGCAAAGUUGCUCUAACUCAAAUGUUCUUUUGUGUGUGUUUAUAUUUUCAUGAUGCAAUUUUAAUUUGUUUUUGACACAAAAAAAACAAAUUUUGAUCCAGAAAAUGUGAAAAAAGUUGUUUUUAUUUUUUUUUUGCUUCAGAAAAAAUUUUGGUUCAAAAUUCUACAAUAUGGAGGAUUUUUCAAUUUUAUCUCAAAAAUUACAGAAUUUUUUUUUGAGUAUAAAAAAACACUGGGAAUUUUUUCUGUACAAAAAUUCGGGUUGCAAUUUCAAAGAAGCAACGUUGCUCUAACUCAAAUUCAUUUUUUUUGUGUGGACUUUUCUCCUCACUUGUUUUCAUGAUGCAAUAAAAAAAUCUUUUUUUUUUUGAAAAACAAAAUUUGAUCCAGAAAAUCUCAAAAAAACUAUAUUUUCCAAUUUUUGCUAUUUUUCCACAAAAAAAGUUUUAAUUGCAAAAAAUCGAAAUUUUUUCAGAAAAUGGAAUUCGUCGACAUACAACAGUUCCACGAAUGAAUAGCGAUGCAAAUAGCAAAAGCGGAGAACGUGGUCAAAUUGAUGAAGAACAAGAGAUUGAAGGAUCGAGAGCAAGAGGAGAUUCAUUAAAUGAUCGAAAACAAUAUGAAGAAAUGAUGGCGAAAUUGCCAUUGAGACAGAGUUUGAAAGCGAGAAGAGCAUCGACGAGAUUGAUUAAAGAAGUGAUUUUAUUGCGAAAAGAUAAUCAUUUGUUGAGAAAUGAGAAUGCUUUGUGAGUUUUUUUUCUGGAAAUCAUAAUUGAAAACCUAAACUGUCCCAUUUUCAGAACAAAAUCUCGAUGUGCACUUCUUGAAAAAUGUCGUGGAACUGGAUCAUUGACCAAUUCAACCGCAUCUGCCAUCGAUGAAUCGAUGGAAAAAUUGCGAAAAAAGGAGAAGGAGCUGCGAGAGUUGCGAAAAGAAUUGAGCGCACAAAAAGAGGAGUUGGAUGAGAAGCAAAAAUCGAUUGAAUCGCAAGAGAUUGAGAUACAAACCAAAUGGAAUGCGCUGCAAUUGAGAUCGUCUGAACCGCCGACACCGCAACACGUCAGAUCCGGAUCUGCACAUUCGACUAUUUCAUCGCCGACAUCGUAUUCGAGAUCGUGAGUUUUCUUGGGGACUCUUUUAGAUUAGGGAAUUUCAGAACCCAUGGAAAUUCUUGAAUUUUGACGCCAAAAACCCACGUGGCAAAUUUAAAAAUUCUGAACUUCCUGAAAUUAAUUAAAAAUUUACUAGAUCAAAAUUUCAUCAGAAAUCCAAAAAAAAAAUCAAAUCCAGACUUAUGGGAUAUCAAAAUGCCCCGAAUUUCAUGAAAAAUUUGAAAUUUAACAUGAGCAAUGCUCUAAAUUUGAGGCUAAAAUUCAAUUUUUCAACAAAAAAAUUGGGGGAUUUUUUGGAAAAUUGAGUUUUGAGAAUUGUUCUGUAACUUUCAAAUUUCAAACAAAAAUGUAAACUUUCAAACUCAUGGAAAUUUGAAAAGUCUGAAAUUAAUUAAAAUUUUACUAGAUCAAAAUUUCAUCAGAAAUCGAAAACUAACAUGAGCAAUGCUCAAAAAUCAAUAAAGCGCUGAAAUUCUAUCAAAUCCAGGCUUAUGGCAUAUCAAAAUGCCCCGAAUUUCAUGUAAAAUUUGAAAAUUUUGAGCAAUGCUCAAAAUUUGAGACUAAAAUUCAAUUUUUCAACAAAAAAAUUGGGGGAUUUUUGGAAAAUUGAGUUUUGAGAAUUGUUCUGUAAACUUUUCAAAAUUUAGGAUGAAACAAAAUUACACGAUAUUUUAAUUUGUAAUUUUUUCCGCUCAAUUUUUUCAAAAAUAAAAAAGCCCUAAAUUCCUGAACUUGAAAAUUUUAAGAAAAAUCGAAGCUGAUGUGACAUUUGUGGUAGGUUUUAUGAAAAAUAAAUGUUGAUACUCACAAAGUUUCGAGUUACUAAAAAUUUAUGUUCAUUUUUAUAUGUUGCUUUUCACAUUUGUCUACGCCUAAAAUCUAAAAAAUUGUAUGUGCUCACAAUAAUCAUUUUUUAACCUAAAAAAGUCAAUCCGAAAAAUAGGAACCUUGGAAGAGAAGGCCUAGAAAUCCAAAGAUUUUCUCUUCCACGGCUCGUAUAUUUUUGGAUUGACACUAAAAUGUCCCUGUUUAAAAAAUAUAUUAUUGCAGAACUCUUCUUCCAACAACUCCGACAAACAAUUGCACUAAUCAAAAUAUUGAAUGGUCGCCGGUUUUAACCAGUCUUGCCACGAAAAUUGAAUCGAAAAAAGUUGGCGCGAAAAAGACUUAG